AUGGAGCCCCCCGGCUUCCCCGUCAAGAGGGAGCCCCGCGAUCCAGAAGAGUCAUUUGAUUCUCCAAAUGAUGCUGAGCUGAGCGCAGGCCGUCCCCUACGACCUGCCGGGAAUGGCUUGCUGCGUGGGACCCCGAAAGACCCUUCUCUCCUCCUCUCUGGAGGGCGGAAGUACUCAGACCAUUGUGAAGAGCGGGCCUCGAGGCCCGGCAAGAGCCGCAUUCCCGGCCGGGACCACCGGCGCUACUACCACGAGCACUGGCGGGCCGAGUACCUGAUGGAUUUCAACGCCGCCCGGCACGGCAUGAUCUGCAUGGUGUGCGGCAGCUCCUUGGCCACGCUCAAGCUGAGCACCAUCAAAAGACACAUCCGGCAGAAGCAUCCUUACUCCCUGGCCUGGAGUGCUCGCGAGAAGGAGGGCAUAAUGAACAGCUGGGAUGCCCACUUGGGCCUGGAGGCCGAGACAGAUGGCGCCAGGGACCCCGCUGAUGGAGCCGGCGCCCAGCACAGGGGCCAGGGAGAAUCACCACUGGGCAUCGGCCGCAGGAAGCGGCGUGGCCCAGGCCCCCUUUCUUCUCGUGGGGCUUGUCGGUCCCCCAGCUUGGCCCUGAAAGGCUCUUCGGUCGGGGAGGCCCGCAACCUGGAGCGGUACCUGAAGGAGUCCCUGCAGAGCUGGUUCCAGUCCGAGUUCCUCAUGGACUACGAUCCGCAGGGCAACCGUCUCUUCUGCAUGAUGUGCGGCUCUUCCUUGCCCAGCCUCAACUUGGACGACAUCAAGCACCACGUGAUGGAGUCCCACCCCAGCUCACUCGGCUUCAGCCCCGCUGAGAAAGCUGCCAUCCUCGAGGCGUGGAACUCCCGUGAGUCGGCACCGGUUGCCGAGGACCCGAGAGGAGAGGACGCAGCCGUGGGUGAGAUGGGAAGGGGGCAGAAGUGGGGAGAAUCAGAAGGCGAAGCAGCCCCUCAGGACCUGAGCAUGAAGGAAGCGGACCCGUCGCUGUCUCCCGACCCCCCGGCUGGCGAGGAAGGGUCCGAAGGGGCCGGCCCGUGGGACUCGGAAGGGAGCGGCCCGCCCGCCCCGCCCCGGGGCAGGGACCACCGACGCUACUUCCAGGAGCACUGGCGGGUGGAGUACUUGAUGGACUACAACGGCCUGCGCCACGGGCUUGUCUGCAUGGUGUGCGGCAGCGCCCUGGCCACCCUCAAGAUGAGCACCAUCAAGCGCCACAUCCAGCAGAAGCACCCGGACUCCACGCAGCUCAGCCACCAGGUCAAGGCCCUCAUUGUGAGGGAGUGGAACCGGAAAGUCGCCCGCCUGGCGGAGGCUGAGGACUCCCCGCCCGAAACGGAUGCUGAGCCGGACAAGGUUGAAUCCCGGCCUGCCCUCAAGAUGCCCUCGUCCCCCAAGAAGUCCCAAGAGGGUGGCACAACGGCUGUGCGGGAAGAAGAGGACGAGGAGGAGGAGGAGGAGGAAUCGGCUGUCGCAAGACUGGCUCCCUCGCAGCAACCCGCGGAAGCUGUCUCGCUGCUGGCUGGCACCCCAUCCCGCCGGGGUCAGCGCCGGAACUACCAGCCGCGCUGGCGGGUGGAGUACUUGAUGGACUACGAUGAGAACCGGCACGGCCUGAUCUGCAUGGUUUGCGGAGGCACGCUGGCAACCCUGAAGGUCAGCACCAUCAAACGGCACAUACUGCAGGUCCACCGUUUCUCGCUGGAAUACACAGCCCUGGAAAAACAGACGAUCCUCGAAGCUUAUGCGGAAAACGACCAAGCCCUGAAUGCUGGCCAGCCGGGCCCCAGACGUGCAGCCAGACUUGACUCUGAGCCCCGGGAUGUCAAGCCGAACAUCCAAAGGGCAGGGAAAAUGGCGUUCGGUUACAAUCUGCCAGUAUGUACGGCGUAG